CACGCAUGGGACUGACCGAGUUGCCGAGUGAUCUACUGGCGGCGACGCUGCAGUUUGCAGACCAUACGACGCUACUGCAUCUCGAGACUGUGAGCCGCCACUUGCGAGACAGCAUCGUCCAGCGUGAUUCCUGGCGAGUUCUAGCGCAGCGUGUGGCUCUGUAUGCGAUUGACUGCAGCGAACGAAGUUCUGCGGACUGGAAACGCUUGACGCUGCUGACGUAUCACCCCGUGAGCGAGGAACUGUCGAUGCUGCGACGAGUAAGAGAGUGUUCGUCCGUGGAUCACUCGAAUGAGUCAGCAGAAAACACGUUGACGAGGUCGAACUGUGGCGUUGGGGUGUCUGUGCUGUCCAAUACGGUAGUGGUCGACGAUCCUUUGGCCUUUGAGGCUAUCGCCAAGAGACUCCAGCUGGACUGUGGCUGUGCUAGAGGACAACCGUGUUACUGGAGCAGUGCCUCGACGUGGGGGUACAAGACGACAGAUUAUCUGGACUACACGUUGUGGGAAAACUGCCUGGUGAACAGUGUGCAGCUGGUACCGUACCGGGUUUUCUGGUAUCCUGGCAGCCCCACGUACUCGCCGAGACGAAUAUCCUUCGCUUUGUAUGAGCUGGGAGAGGACGGAGAGAUCGAUACGUUGGUCUACGAGUCCAUGACUUUCAGUGCUGUCAAAGAUAUGAAGAUGCAAAGCUUCGAGCUUCCGUUGCGGGUUUUUCUCUCACGAGGCGUCUUGCGAUUGAAUUUGUUCGACCGACAGGAAGAUAUCGGUCUCGAUGUGGCUCAGUGGAUGCAGGAGAAUGACUUGCCUCCGUACUACACGUGCUUGAGUUAUGUGGGUGUCACGGGACUUCUGGAGAUUGGGACACAACAGGAGUAG